AUGUGUAUAUUUACCACUAAUAUUAUCUAUCUAUCUAUCUAUCUAUCUAUCUAUCUAUCUAUCUAUCUAUAUGUAUUCGGUUUUUCUUGUUGGCCUGAGACAAGUAUGGCUUCUUCCUGGCUUUGCAGCCUUUUAAUCCCACUUCUUCUCAUUGUUCGAGCUGAUAUGUUUUUGUUUGCAUCCUCCCUAAGUUCAUCAGCAAGCUCUGAAGAACUUUUCCUCCUAUCUGCAAGGGAUGCUCUUUUCAAAGAUCUCCUCUUUUAUUCAACCACUAUACCUAUUUGUCUUAAUUUGUUCUAUCUAUCUAUCUAUCUAUCUAUCUAUCUAUCUAUCUAUCUAUCUAUCUAUCUAUCUAUCUAUCGCAGUCUAUUCAUUAUGUACAGUCUAUUCAUAUCUAUCUAUCUAUCUAUCUAUCUAUCUAUCUAUCUAUCUAUCUAUCUCAAUCUGUUUAUAUCUAUCUAUCUAUCUAUCUAUCUAUCUAUCUAUCUAUCUAUCUAUCUAUCUCAAUCUGUUCAUAUCUAUCUAUCUCAAUCAGUUCAUAUCUAUCUAUCUAUCUAUCUAUCUAUCUAUCUCAAUCUGUUCAUAUCUAUCUAUCUCAAUCUGAUCAUAUCUAUCUCAAUCUGUUCAUAUCUAUCUACCUAUCUAUCUAUCUAUCUAUCUAUCUAUCUCAAUCUUUCAUAUCUAUCUAUCUAUCUAUCUAUCUAUCUAUCUAUCUAUCUCAAUCUGUUCAUAUCUAUCUAUCUAUCUAUCUAUCUAUCUAUCUAUCUAUCUAUCUCAAUCUGUUCAUAUCUAUCUCUCUAG